GAAAGUUUGUCUGUGUGUGUGUGUGUGUCUGUUUGUGUGAGUGAGUUUGAGUCAGUGAUGGAAAGUAACAAAGUAAAUGUGUACUGUAAGUAUACAAAGUACCUACAAUUGAAUGAGCUAUACAAUGCUGUUUUCUACAAGGAUCAUCAACUGGUGAUGAUGCUGACUUUUCCCUGGUGACCUUUAACCUUGAUAUUUUAGCAUUAUAUCAAGGAUGUACCCAACAAAUGCAUAUUUAGGAUCCGUAGGAAAAGCAAAGGAGCAGGUGUGCAAAGACAUCACUUUCAGAGCGAGGCCAGCUGUUUCCCCUUAUUUCCAGUCUUUGUGCUAAGCUAAGAUAACCGGCUACUGGCUGUAGAAAAAUGCUGUUUAUCGUACGCAAAUUUGCAUUUCCUACGAUGGCAAAGGAAUGUUCUGUUCUAUUCUGCCUUUGAUUGGCCAUUAAUUGCUGCCUUUGUUGGAUUGGUUGGGCUUAGUUAUGAGGAGUGAGAUUGGUUAGGGUUAGGGUAAGAAUACCAGGGUAAGCGAAUCAGAUGCAGAGUAAGGCAGGGUAGGGUGGGACAUUCCUUUCCCAUCCUAGUAAACACAACUUUUCUUAUUGUACAGGCAUGAGAGUGGUAGCUCUUUCAUCUAACUCUCGGUAAAUCAACGAAUAAACUUUUCUCCCCAAAAUGUAAAACUAUUCCCUUAAGUAAAUAUUGCUGACAAUAAUUAUGCAUUUUAUAUUUAAGUAAGGCUUAAAAUAGGACUCAUAAUGGAAAAUGUCUAUAUUGUGGUAUUGCUUCUUUUACUUAAUGGACUAGUGUGUAGGAUUUACUAAGUGGUGAGGUUGCAGAUUGCAACCAACUGAAUACCCCUUCCCUCACCCCUCAAUUUCCAAGCAUGUAGGAGAACCUACGGUGGCCUUCAGGUGACGUAAAAACGUGAAAGACCCUCUCUAGAGCCAGUGUUUGGUUUGUCCCUUAAUAGCUACUAUAGAAACAUGGCAGACUCUGUGGAAGCAGACCCAUCCUUAUGUAGAUAUGAAGUGCUCAUUCUAAGCUAACGAAAACACUACACUAAUCAAAACAUAACUAUGAAUAUUAUAUCCCAUUUCUGUCAAUAAAUCCCCCUAAACAAAUCCAGUAAACCCUUUUUUGGUUUGAGUGCCAUGACUGUGAAUGUAAAGAUGUUCAAUAACUUGUAUAGACCUGUUUGUGCCAGUGUGUUUGUGUGCAUUUCUGGUUGGUCUCACGUUUUAAUCAUGGCUUCAUCUCAAGGAUUUGUGCAGGAACAGUAGGCGUAUAGAUUUGCUAUUCAUUACUGCUGGUGUCUGGACAGUACUAUUGUUGUUACCAUGGCGAUCGAGAACAAUGCUCUUACUUGUCUUUUAUCUUUUGGCAUCAGAAGAUUUGUUGAUUAUGGAGAAGGUUGCCUGUGGCAGUUCCCUGGUUUCAGCUGUGGUUUGUUCCUCAGGUUUAUAUACUGUGAAGAUGCUCAAUAUUUGCUUCAUUUGUCAGAUGCUAUUUUUAGUUGUUUGGACUGACAGCAGGAGUGUGUUGGAGCUCUGAACAUUCUCUCCUAUCAUUCCUCUCAGAUUCUUUUUCUCCUCCGCUUUCAUGUUUAUAGCAGUAUUUUCAUCAUCAUCACAUAAAAUGUGUCUAAGUUGUAUUAAAACCUUUAACAUCCUCCCUUCCUAUGUAUGUGUUACAUUUCCUCCUCACACCCCACCCCACUUCUUCCCCAAAGACCCCUUUGCUCCCUCGGAUGGUAGCACCAACACAGCGUCUUCAGGUCUAGACCUUUUCGGCAUGAUGACUGUGGAGAAUAAUAACCUGGGUAGUUCACUGGAUGCCUGUUUUAGCUCAUCCCCCUCCCCUUCCCCGCUCUUCACCUCUGCAUCCAUCACCAUCACCACCACUGCAACCAUUUCAGCUCCCAGCGCUGCCAACCCUGCGACUGACCUUUUCAGCGAUCUCUUUGAUUCCAUGCCAGACACAAGCUUCACCAAAGCAGACCCCGCUCCCAGUGUUGACUUGUUUACAGCAGCAGAUAUGUUCAGCUCCCCUGCCCCCAUCCUCUCCUCCGCACCCCCACCCAAAAUUGACACGGGAGCCAUCAUGAACCUGUUUGGUGGUGGGUAACUCACAUGUCCGGCUGCCCUCACUCUGCCUCCCUUGUUCAUGAAGACAUUACUAGAGAAGAAGAGUAAAAUCUGGGAAACAUCAAAUGAAACUACUUAAAUUAAUAUUAGGCUUUAUAAAUACUGGGAAGUUAUGCUAUUGCAUAUUGUACUUGUGUGUUGAAACUCAUAGAUAUCUUGUAACAAUGGGAAUACCUGAGAUGAAUCUUGAUCAUGCUGAAAUAGUCAAAUUAUUUCUGAACUGCAAGCUACGACUUCACUUUUGUUUUUUGUUUUUUACUUUCCUCUUUUUUCCUGGCCUUGGUGUCUCUGAAAAUGCAGGUGGAUGCUUUACUGCGACUGUCAAAUGAGUAUGGCAUUAUGCUGAGAUGUGUGGAUGUGUGCAUAUGAAAGCAAUAUUUCCUGGUUUUAUGUAAAUAUACAUAAUUGUGUAUUCAGUCUUCUUAUCUAACUCUAUGCACUUUGUUUGGCAUUACCAGCGUGAAGCCGAAGGCUGACUAUUACCCCUUCUUUGCCCUUAUGCUGCGAUGGCUCAACAACCUACUUUGACCUGGCAUGGCAUGGCAUGGUUUGGUGUAUUUUGGGUUGA